AAUCACUUGCUUGUCAUGUUGACUACGCCAUUGUCCCUUUGCUAAUUUUCAAGAUGGUGUUAUUUGAGCAUGGGAGAUUUUCAACUGAAUUCUCACCUAUCAACACUGGCAAAUAUUCACAAGAUUUACCACACCCUCAAUAGGCUGAAUCUGACAGAGGACGUUGGUCAAGACGAUCACCAGACAGGAGAGAGACUUUCAAAGAUACGAAGAAUAGGAAGUCUCCGGUCUUGCAGUUCAUCAGACUGCUUUAGUAAAGUGAUGCCUCCAAGGAAAAAGAGGAGACCUGCAGCAGGAGAUGAUUUAUCUGCUAAGAAAAGUAGACAUGAUGGUAUGUAUAGAAAAUAUGAUUCGACUAGAAUAAAAGCAGAGGAAGAAGUCUUUUCAAGUAAGAGAUGCUUAGAGUGGUUCUAUGAAUAUGCAGGCACUGAUGACAUUGUAGGGCCAGAAGGUAUGGAGAAAUUUUGUGAAGACAUUGGAGUUGAACCAGAAAAUGUAGUUAUGCUUGUACUAGCAUGGAAGUUGGAUGCACAAAACAUGGGCUACUUUACAUUACAAGAAUGGUUAAAAGGAAUGACAUCACUACAAUGUGAUACUACAGAAAAAUUGAGAAAUUCUCUGGAUUACUUGAGAUCUUUAUUAAAUGAGCCUACCAAUUUUAAACUUAUUUAUAGAUAUGCAUUUGACUUUGCACGGGAAAAGGACCAGCGCAGCCUAGAUAUCAAUACUGCCAAGUGUAUGUUGGGCCUCCUUUUAGGAAAAACAUGGUCCCUUUUUCCAGUAUUUCACCAGUUUCUAGAGCAAUCAAAAUAUAAAGUUAUCAAUAAGGACCAAUGGUGUAACGUUCUUGAAUUCAGCAGAACAAUUAACCUUGACCUCAGUAACUAUGAUGAAGAUGGAGCCUGGCCAGUGUUGUUGGAUGAGUUUGUGGAAUGGUAUAAAGGAAAACAGAUGACAUAGGAGUUUAACUAUGCACAGCCACUCAAGAGUCACUGUUACCACAGUUAUGUCAACCAUUAGCCAUAAACUGCUAUUUGUAUCAAAGUGCAUGCUGCUUUUCUUGCACUGCAUCCCUUUUGCAGGGAACUUUUGAUGUUUGCUAUUUAACAAGCUAGCUAUGCUUGCUGUGUAGCAUUGUUCUCUUUGAAGGCUGCUUUGCAUUUUGUAUUUACACUACAAAUUGGUGAACUUGCCAGCGUCUUCACUGUGAUUAUGUGUAUAUUGCUGUCUAAAUUUUGUAUAUGUGUAUAAAAAAAAAGCUUCUCCUAGGGAUUAUUUCUGCAGAAAUGUAUUGUAAAAAUAAUUUUGUGGCAUAUUUCUAGUCAUCACUUACAUGUUUGAAACUUUAGUUAUUUUGUUUUUCUUUUGGUCUCAAAUGUAGCAUUUCAGAAAAUGAAAUGAACAGACUGCUUGGACAUAGUUAUGUGAAGAACUAUUGUCAAUUUUAAUGUUACUAUUUGAGAUGCCAGUUUCUGAGGGGAGAAGACAUGCUGUGACUUUCUUCACCGGAGUUCGCCAAACCUGACCUGUUGCUUAAUAGAAAUGAAACAUUGGUGUCUUAAAAAGAAAAUAUAUAUAUACAUAUAAAAAAACACUGUAAUAGUUGUACAUGCCACAGAUGAUUUCCAUUUGAAGAAAAAAGUACUGACUUUUUAAUGUUAAAACUGCAGUAGUCAUUACAGGUACAAAUGAACAAAUUAAAGUACCUUUUAAAAAUGGGUUUUAGACUUUCAUAAAUUGCCUUUGGCAUACUCCUUUUAAUUUUUGGUGUACCAAGAGUGUUUGGUCUAUGUUGCGAUCUAGUGAAAUUGAAAGUUCUAGCUAAAAUGAGUGGGUUUGGGGAAUAAAGUCUGCUCACCCCUAGCACAUAUGUAAUACAGAUUUAGGGGGUUGGGUGGUUUUUUUUUUUUGGUAACGUUAGCCUUUCCCAGGGUCUCUAACUUUGUGUUUCUAAGUAAUUAAAAAUAUGAUAUCGAAUAGUCAAAACAUUACUUUUUCUUUCAUGCUGGGGAUUGGAAUUUCCUAGCAGAAUGUCCAUUGCAGGCAAUGGGCAUCUUAAACACCAGCAUUAAAUGACAGUACUUUUUAGUAGGGACCACUGCCUAUUUCACUCAUUUCUUAUCUGUAUAGGACAGUUCUAGUGAUUAUUUUGGGGAAAAUGAGUGAAUGGAAUGAUGUUUAAGUUCUGUAAUUUUGUCACGUUGUCUUUACCUUACGCUUCUUUAUUAAGUAAUGUUAGUGUUGAUUUUUAUAAAUAGGUCCUUGAAGUAUCCGGUGCUAUUAAACUUUGAUCCCUAAGGAUUUAUUAAAAUGUUCCAUAUUGAGUCACGGAGCAUUUAGCAAAAAAGGGGCCGUGGAUGUUUUGGAAUGAAGAAUAACAUUACUUCUUUGUAGAAAUAUUUUACAAGGUAUUGGCAGUUUUGCUAUUUCUCUAGAAUGCAAUCCAGGGGAAGGUGGGGAAAGUGUUUUAGGUUGAAUGUGAAAUUUUCAGCUGUAUUGAAGGUCCUAUUCUGCCAUCACUGAGGUCAGUGAAAGUCAUUAAUUUGACUACUUUCAGGAUUAAGCCUAGUUUAGCAAAAGCACAUUAGUUUGCUGCCCUGGACCAGGAAGUUGUAAUUGUGGUGCUACAGGUGGUCAGUUGUGUUCAAUCUCUUUGUUGGUUUUUGUUUGUCAAACUCAGCUGCCAAAGACAAAAAUUGUUUGUGUGUGUUUGUGUAUAUUUGUAUAUACAUAAAUAUACAAUAUGUAUGCAUAUACAAAACCUAGAAUUUCAUGAUGCUAAGGAGAAAAUACUACCUUUCCCUGCGAAAUAGUCAUGUUCAGAUUUCCAUGACACUAAAUAGCGCUCUUUAAAGUUAAUAGUGGUAAAACAUACAUAGUCAUUGCUUUCUCAUGUACUAAUACGCGUAACCUUAAUUCCAUGUUUGAUGCCAGUUUGCACAAGAAAUUAAUUCAGUGGAGUGCGGUAUUUAAUGUUUACAAUAAGCCUCUUACUAAAACACACACGUUUUAUUAAGACUUCUGAUGUAAAUGUGUAUAUUACCAUAGUAUAACCGUAAGGAAAUAUCAGUGGAGCUGCUGGUUUAGUUCUUAAAAGAAUGAACUUAGAAGCAAUAUAACUUCUAACAUUAGGCUAAUUGUGGUUGCUAAGAUUUUAAGUGAAAUACUGUUGUUGUUCUUAAACGUUAAGCUAGUUACUGACUCUAGAAAACUGUUUAGCACAAAUUGGCAUGAAUCCUGCAACAAAUAAAAGGUUUGCAUAAAAGGUUUUGUAUGUCACAAAUAAUUUGGCUUCCAAUAAUGGAAGCAAGAGCCAAAGACACUUUUAAUCUAUUACUGUUAUAGGUAUAACUUUCAUAUAGCAGGGUCAACAGAAAUCUGUUCAGCUCAACCAGGUGCUCUUUUUCCAAGUUUUGCUAACGUUUAGCAGAAUACAAAAUUUAAUUAAAAGCAAAGAAAACAGAGGAAAAGAAACCUCAGAAAGUACGCGGUAUGAAUAAACAAACUCUUUGUGUUUUCUUUGGGUAAAAGUAAUGGGGAGUGAUGGAAAGGAAGAAUGUGUUUGGAAAUGAAUCUCAUAGAUGCUGCAAAUUUUUUGUCUUCUGCUUGCAAGCAGGAUGAAUCUGUAGUCUUCAGCUGGUUUAUAAACAUGCAUCUUCAUAAAAUAAACCACAAAUUCAAUUACAGCUAGUAGACAGCUCUACUGACAUUUAUAGAGAACAAAUGGACUAAAAUGGACCUGUAUGGCUUGAUAAGCUU